CUGGAGCAGAAUGGCAGGGCGUGGCGAGGCCCCCUCCUCUUCUUCUUCUACUCUCGCACGGCAUUGACGCGCAUCGAUCGAUCGAUCGGGAAUAUAUGUGCGGCAGCGCUCGGCGGCGGCGGCCGGGCGGCGGUGGUGGUGGCUCGGAUGGCAAUUCCUGGCCGGAUCCAGCGGCGGCGCUAGGCAACAAGGGGACGAGCGGUCGGGAGCUAUCGUAGCAAUGGCGGUAAGCAGCACAGCGGUCUAUUCGUCGUCGUCCUCCUCCUCCUCCUCCUCGCAUUGAGAUCUUGUAGUGUACCACGGCAGCAGCAUCGAUCCAGGGUCACUUUCUCCCUCCAAUGCCGAAAUAUUUCCAGGGUUCUAGGGUCUGGACGGGGUCGCAGAUCCCGCAUUCUCGGCCAAUUCACAGCGCGCGGUGAGACGCCGCGCAAUGCACGUCGGGAUUGGGAGGAAUUUGGAAGAUCCGUGCCAGGUCGCGGCUAUCGUCAACAUUUUGACGAAGAACACGCGCAGAGAAGGUGCUAUCUCUAUCGCUUCAGCUUCCUCGAGGGAGCUUGCUAGAGCUAGAGUAGAAACAGGGCGGUAGAAGGAGAUGGGGUCGAUCGGUCGAUAGGCAGUGGCAGUGGCAGUGGGAAAUCUCGAGCCAGGAUGCCGCCGAGCUUCGAUUUGUCGGAGCUCUUUGGAAGCAGGGGCGGGGCAGUAGGGGGAGGAGGGGGAACGCCAGUGGUUGUCAAGAUGGAAGAUCCAAACAACUGGUCCAUGGUGGAGAUCGAAGGACCCAACGCGGCCCUUCACGGCGACAAGGAUAGAGGGAAGAACGCCAAGCAGCUCACUUGGGUCCUCCUCCUCAAGGCGCACCGAGCAGUGGGGUGCGUCGCGUGGAUGGCGCAGGGGAUCUGGGCAUUGCUCGCGGCCAUCAAGACGCGAUUGGUUCUUAGCUCUCGCUCGGGGGACUCGGACUCUUCUUCUUCGUCGGGGAAGCCACAGCACAAGGGCAAGCUCCACCAGUUUAUCCGAGGAUUCCUGGCCUUCGCGGUGGUGAUGCUCGUCGUGGAGAUGUGUGCCCACAUUUUGGGCUGGCACUUGCGCUUCAACCGACCACAUUUCCAUCUUCCCAGCCCCAAAGAUCUCAGCCUCCAUAGCCUGCUACAAACCAUCUACCUGGCUUGGGUGUACGUGAGAGCUACUUUCAUCGCUCCUCCCCUCCAGGCGCUGGCCGACGGCUGCAUCGUUUUGUUCCUCAUCCAGAGCGCGGAUAGAGUGCUGCUGUGCCUGGGCUGCAUCUGGAUCAAGUACAAGAGGAUUAGACCGGAAGCAAGCGUGGAGUUACUCGACUCUGGCGAUCCCGAGCUCCCGUACAAUGGCUAUCCCAUGGUGCUGUGCCAGAUCCCGAUGUGCAACGAAAGAGAGGUGUAUGAGCAAUCCAUUUCAGCAGUGAGCCAACUCGACUGGCCCAGGGACAGGAUCCUAGUUCAGGUUUUGGACGACUCGAGCGACGAGGAGAUUCAGAUGCUCAUCAAAGCUGAGGUCCUCAAGUGGCAUCAGAAAGGGAUACGAAUUGUGUACAGGCACCGACCAAUCCGAACGGGCUACAAAGCUGGCAACUUGAAGUCGGCAAUGACCUGCGACUACGUCAAUGACUAUGAGUUUGUGGCGAUCUUCGACGCGGAUUUUCAACCAAGGCCUGAUUUCCUGAAGCGGACAAUCCCUCACCUCAAGCAAGAUCCAAAACUAGCGUUGGUACAAGCACGAUGGGCGUUCGUGAACAAGGAUGACAACCUGCUCACGAGGCUCCAGAACGUAAAUCUCUCGUUUCACUUCGAAGUCGAACAGCAGGUGAACGGAGUGUUUCUCAACUUCUUUGGAUUCAACGGGACCGCUGGAGUCUGGAGGAAGACGGCCUUGGAGGAUUCAGGUGGCUGGUUGGAAAGGACGACUGUGGAGGACAUGGACAUUGCUGUGCGAGCUCACCUGCGAGGCUGGAAGUUUAUUUUUCUCAACGACGUCAACGUAUUGUGCGAGCUUCCAGAAUCGUACGAGGCCUACAGGAAGCAGCAGCAUCGUUGGCAUUCGGGUCCAAUGCAGCUCUUUCGAUUGUGCUUGCCAGAUGUUGUCACAGCGAAGAUACCAUUGUGGAGGAAAGCCAAUCUCGUCUUUCUCUUUUUCCUGCUUAGAAAGCUCAUUCUGCCAUUCUACUCGUUCACCUUGUUCUGCAUUAUCCUUCCCAUGACCAUGUUCGUUCCAGAGUCACACUUGCCAGUCUGGGUGAUUUGCUACGUCCCAGCUCUCAUGUCCUUCCUCAACGUUCUCCCGUCCCCUCGCUCCUUCCCUUUCAUCGUUCCCUACCUUCUGUUCGAAAACACCAUGUCCGUCACCAAGUUCAACGCUAUGAUAUCGGGACUCUUUCAGCUCAGCAGCGCCUACGAGUGGGUGGUAACCAAGAAGAAAGGCCGAGCGUCGGAAGCGGACUUGUCAUUAGUCACUCCAAAAGAAGAACUGGCGGAAGCUCAACAGUUGCUCCGCGGCUCCUCGGAUUCACAGGUGGAAACUCUGGCAAAGUUGCAAGAACAGGAACAGGUUGCAAAGUCCAAGGCUCUGGCUCCAUCGCCACAGAAGAAACCCAAGGCCCGGUUCUACAGGAAGGAGCUGAGCCUGGCUUUCCUGCUGCUCACGGCGGCGGCGAGGAGUUUGCUCUCGGCUCAAGGCGUGCACUUCUACUUCUUGCUCUUCCAAGGGAUCUCCUUCCUCGUCAUCGGGCUCGAUCUCAUCGGCGAGCAAAAGGAUUGAUGGCCAGGUUCCCGGGUUGGCGCGCAAAGAGCUAGAGUUGUGACCGUUCUACGCAGCGAGCGACAAAAACAAGCACGACGUGGGAGGACUUAAAAACUAUUGCUGCUGGUAACAAGGUUCUCUUUUCGUUCUUUCGUUCUUUCUUCUUUCAUUUUCGUCUCUCCUUCGUUUUCCUCCAUUUUCUUCUCUCUCUCUCUCUCUCUCUCUCUCUCUCUCCUUUUCCAGUCGAUUCAUCGAUCUCAAGAGUGGCUGACUGUUUGGUGGUGGCAGCCAAUUCAGAUUAUUUUUACAGACUGGAUUCUUCAUUCGGGGCUAGAAACAAAACAGGGAUAUGGAUAAAAUCGAUUGAUUGCUACUGUCACUCGAUCAGCUUGCGCGAGAGUUUCGAGUUUCUAUAUAGACAACGAACGAGAGCGAAGAAAACUCCACAGCAAUCGCUGCUCCCUCGGUAUUUAAUUUUCAGGCCAGAGAAUUCUUUCGGGCAUCAACACCAAGAAAAAAAAAAGAAAAAAGAUCAACGAAGGAAUAUCACACCCAUGACAAGACAACACAAGAGUAUGUGAAUAAGCAAGCGAAUGUGGUUAAAAGGGAAAAUUUUUCUUCUUUCCUCUUCGUCCUCCUCUAUCCUUUUUAGCCCGGUUUCUAGAUGUAUAUCGAUUCAUGGCGAGAGUUAAUAAAGAAAGUUCCAAGAUUGGAGAAACAAAAA